AUGUCGUCCAUCAGUGCCAUGUCCAAACGCCUAGAAGGCAAGACGGUCCUCGUGACCGGCGCCUCGAGCGGCAUCGGACGAAGCGUCGCCCAAGAAUUCGCACGCACGAGCCCGAAAGAUCUCAAGAUCAUCCUGACGGCGCGCCGUAUCGAUACCCUGAAAGAAGUUGCUGAGGAGAUAAAGAAGGAAGUCGGAGAUGGUGUCAAAGUGCUUCCGGUCAAGCUCGACAUUUCCAAGCCUGACGAAAUCGCCAAUUUGAUCCCCAACCUGCCCCAAGAGUUUCAAGACAUCGACAUCCUCGUCAACAACGCGGGGCUGGUCAAGGGCGUGGACAAAGCACCGGAGAUCAAGGCAGAAGAUAUAGACGUUAUGUUCGCCACGAAUGUGACUGGCCUGAUACACAUGACACAGGCGGUGCUGCAGAUUUUCAAAAAGAAGAAUGGCGGCAAGGACGGAGGAGCCGGCGAUGUCAUUAUGAUUGGCAGUAUCGCCGGGCGCGAGGGGUAUCCUGGUGGCAGUAUCUACUGCGCCACCAAGAGUGCUGUCAGGACGUUCACGGACGCGCUGCGAAAGGAAUUGAUUGCUUCGCGGAUUAGGAUCAUUGAGGUUGACCCCGGUCAGGUUGAGACGGAGUUCUCAGUUGUCCGGUUCUACGGCGACAAGUCGAAGGCUGAUGCCGUGUAUAAAGGCGUUGAACCGCUGACCCCGGACGACAUCGCCGAGAUUGUGGUGUUCGCAGCUGGACGAAGAGAGAACGUCGUAUUGGCGGAUUCGUUGAUCUUCCCGAACCACCAGGCCGCUGCUACAGUUAUGCAUAGAAAGUCAUGA